AUGAUAGAGAAAGGGUAUGCUGUCAAACAAUCACGUGAAGGUUUGGGUUACAAACAACCUUCACCAGUCCGCAUCUCUAUAAGAAGGGCAAGCAACAACUACAUUACCACUAAGGAAGAGUCAACAGCGUCUAACCAAAGGCUUUCUGUGUUUGAUCGACUUACCAAUCCAACUCCAAGGAUUUCAGUGUUUGAUAGAUUGGGACCAUUGAAGAAGAAAUACAAGUGCCAAGGGAAUAAUAGAAGGAUGGAAGCGCCUGUUUAUGCUCAAAAGCAAAACAUUUUCAAGGAUUGCCCAAGUUUGAUUCCUUCUAGAAUGAGACGAGAAACAAAACUUGUAGUUUCAUGUGGGGAGGUCCUCAAAGCAAAAACACAUACCAUAAUUCAUACCAGGGGGCGUGAUGAAGACGAGGAAAGUGUAGGAUCAUCAUAUCACAUCGCAAUCUGGGACGAACAAAGCACUACGCUUCAUCCAAGAGUUGAGAAAAAGUUUGUGGAUAUUCAUGCAUGUCAUCACAUAUCUUUCAAUGAUGGUGACCCCCAAGAAGAUGAAGACGCUGAAGAUGCACCGCCCGAGUUUGAGGAAGGGGUAAAGACGACUGUUGAUGCAUUAAAGGAAGUUAAUCUUGGAACUGGUGAAGACCCAAGGCCCACAUAUGUAAGUGCCUCACUGAAUGUUGAUGAAGAAAACAAAUAUGUUGAGCUACUUAUGGAGUUCAAAGAUGUUUUCGCUUGGAGUUACAAGGAGAUGCCAGGAUUAGAUCCUAAAGUUGCAGUCCAUCGUCUCGCCGUAAAACGAGGUGCUCGUCCUGUUAAGCAAGCUCAACGUCGCUUUAGAUCUGAACUAGUUCCCUUGAUUGAAACUGAAGUGAACAAACUCAUUGAAGCGGGUUUCAUUCGUGAAGUUAAGUAUCCCACAUGGAUUUCGAGCAUCGUACCUGUAAGAAAGAAGAAUGGCCAAAUCCGAGUUUGUGUUGACUUUAGGGAUCUUAACAAUGCAUGUCCUAAGGAUGAAUUUCCUCUUCCAAUCCCCGAGCUUAUGAUUGAUGCCACGACUGGAUAUGAGGCAAUGUCUUUCAUGGAUGGUUCGUCUGGGUACAAUCAGAUUCGCAUGGCACCAAAGGAUGAAGAACUUACUGCCUUCCGCACUCCUAAAGGUAUUUAUUGCUACAAGGUGAUGCCUUUUGGUUUAAAGAAUGCCGGUGCUACUUAUCAACGUGCCAUGCAGAACAUCUUUGAUGACAUGCUACAUAAAAACGCCGAGUGUUAUGUUGAUGACUUGGUGGUGAAAUCAAGGGAGAAAAAUGACCACUUGAAGGACUUGAGAUUGGUGUUCGAACGACUUCGACGAUACCAGCUCAAAAUGAUUCCUUUAAAGUGCGCCUUUGGAGUUUCUUCUGGAAAGUUCCUUGGAUUUAUCGUCCGACAGCGAGGGAUAGAAAUUGAUCAAGCUAAGGUCGAUGCUAUUCUGAAGAUGCCCGAACCUAGAGAUAUCCAUGAGUUAAAAAGCCUGCAAGGAAAGUUGGCAUACCUUAGGAGGUUCAUCUCAAAUCUGGCUGGGAGAUGUCAGCCAUUCAGUCGUCUUAUGAAGAAAGAUAUUCCUUUUGAAUGGGACCAAGCCUGUGCGAAUGCUUUCGAGAGCAUCAAAUCUUAUUUGAUGAAUCCUCCAGUACUUGUAGCUCCCAUACCUGGAAAACCGUUGAUAUUAUAUAUCGCGGCACAAGAAAGGUCAGUAGGAGCACUUCUAGCCCAAGAAAACGAUGAAAGGAAAGAAAAUGCACUUUAUUACUUGAGUAGAAUGAUGACACCAAACGAGAUAAAUUAUUCACCCAUAGAGAAGUUAUGUCUGGCACUUGUAUUCUCAAUUCAAAAGAUGAAGCAUUACUUCCAAGCUCAUGUAGUGCGACUCGUCUCGAAAGCAAAUCCUAUCAAGUUUGUCAUGUCCAAACCCGUCCUAAGUGAUCGUUUAGCAAGGUGGUACCUCCAAUUUCAGCAAUUUGAAAUUGUGUAUAUUUCUCAAAAGGCAGUAAAAGGGCAAGUGCUAGCCGAUUUUUUGGCCAACCAUCCAAUUCCAGAUGAUUGGGAGUUAUCCGAUGAGCUACCUGAUGAAGAUGCAAUGCUUGUGGAACUUCAACCUCCUUGGAAAAUGUACUUUGAUGGUGCUGCACAUUGUGAAGGAGCUGGUGCUGGAAUAGUGUUUGUCACUUCCUUAGGGGAGGUCUUGCCAUACUCCUUCACUCUAACACAACACUGCUCCAAUAAUGUUGCUGAAUAUCAAGCACUUAUACUUGGGCUCGAAAUGGCUGUUGACAUGGAACAAUUACAGCUACAAAUUUUUGGAGAUUCCAAGUUGGUGAUCAAUCAAGUUUUGGGUAGUUAUGAGGUCAAGAAGCCAGAGUUGUUGCCAUAUCGCAACUAUGCUCAGAAAUUGAUAGGUUGGCUAGGAGAAGUGACUAUUCAACAUGUUCCUAGAAAGGAAAAUAAAAAGGCUGAUGCAUUAGCAGCUCUAGCUUCCGCAUUAAUAUCACCUAAUCAAAUGCAAGUCGUCGUUUGCCAGAGAUGGGUAGUACCACCACCAAAUGAAUGUGAAGAAGAAGUUGAGCAUGCCAUCACCACUUUAGAGGUUGAAAUUGAAGAUUGGCGGCAACCAAUAAUUGAUUACUUGUGUUAUGGGAUACUGCCAGAAAAUCUUCGAAGGAAGACAGAAAUCCGACGGCGAGCCCCUCGUUUCCUUUACUAUAAGAAUACACUCUACAGAAGAUCAUUCGAUGGAGUACUCUUACGUUGUUUGGGGGCAGAUGAGUCCGUUCAAGCCAUGCAGGAAGCACACUCUGGAGUAUGUGGGGCGCAUCAAUCCGGGCCAAAACUUCAUUUUCAUAUAAAAAGAAUGGGGUAUUAUUGGCAAACUAUGGUGAAAGACUGCUUGGAUUAUGCUCGAAGAUGUAAAGCUUGUCAAUUCCAUGCUAAUUUCAUACAUCAACCACCAGAAGUAUUGCACCCUACCGUGGCUUCAUGGCCAUUUGAAGCUUGGGGUUUGGAUGUUGUUGGGCCAUUGCCAAAGUCUUCUGGCGGUCAUUUAUACAUUUUGGCUGAGACUGAUUACUUCUCGAAAUGGGCAGAAGUUGUUUCUCUUAAAGAAGUAAAGAAGGAGAAUGUGGCAAACUUCAUACGAGUCAAUAUUAUCUAUCGUUUCGGCAUUCCUCGAUAUAUAUUGACAGAUAAUGGCAAGCCAUUCGAUAACAAGUUGAUGACUAAGGUCUGUGACCGUUUUGGCUUCAAGCAACGUAAUUCUUCUAUGUAUUAUGCCGCUGCCAAUGGCCUUGCUGAAGCAUUUAACAAGACACUCUGCAACUUGUUGAAGAAAGUCGUCUCCAAAUCUAAGAGAGAUUGGCCUGAAAGAAUGGAAGAAGCUCUUUGGGCAUACAGGACCACCUAUCGCACACCAGCACAGGCGACUCCUUAUUCGCUUGUUUAUGGAGUUGAAGCAGUCCUUCCACUUGAACGUCAAAUCCCAUCAUUGCGGCUUGCUAUUCAAGAAGGACUCACUGAUGAAGAAAAUGCUAGAUUGCGCCUCGAAGAAUUGGAAGCUCUCGAUGAAAAGAGGCUAGAGGCUCAACAAAGCCUGGAAUGCUAUCAAGCCCGUCUAUCUCGGUCUUUCAAUAAAAGGGUUCGUCUUAGAUGCUUCCAAGUGGGUGACCAAGUCCUUGUUGUAAGAAGGCCAAUUAUUACUUCUCAUCGAUCUGGGGGCAAAUUUUCUGCUAAAUGGGAUGGGCCAUAUGUUGUGCAAGAAGUAUACUCAAGUGGCGCUUAUAAGCUUGUUGACUCAGAAGGCUUGCGAAUUGGGCCCAUCAAUGGGAAAUUCAUGAAGAGAUAUUAUCCUUGA